AUAUAAGAUAGCGUUGGUCACUUUUCCGGUUACGAUCUUUCAAUAUAACAAGAUGGCUGAUCAGAGUGAACGUGCAUUUCAAAAGCAACCUACGAUCUUUCUUAAUCGUAAGAAAGGUCUGGGUCCCAAAAGACGAAAGCCUAUGAGGUAUAGUCGUAAUGUAGGUCUUGGUUUUAAAACACCUCGUGAAGCGCUUGAAGGAACCUACAUUGAUAAAAAAUGUCCAUUUACUGGUAACAUUUCUAUUAGAGGACGCAUUCUUACUGGAGUAGUACAAAAGAUGAAAAUGCAAAGGACCAUUGUUAUACGUAGGGAUUAUCUUCAUUAUAUCAGAAAAUAUAAUCGUUUUGAAAAACGUCAUCGUAAUAUGAGUGUUCAUCUUAGUCCUUGCUUUAGAGAUGUGGAAAUUGGUGAUGUAGUAACAAUUGGUGAAUGCAGACCACUUAGCAAGACAGUUAGAUUUAAUGUUCUGAAGGUUUCAAAAGGAACAGGAUCUAAGAAAAGUUUCAAAAAAUUUUAAGGAAACAUCAACAAUAUUAGAAAGAAAAGAAGGAAGUUAUAUAAAUUAUCAUCUUGACUUGUAUCUUUUCAUGUUACAAAUUAAAUAAACAUUUCUAAAUAAAA